GCGGGCACUGACGUGGCCGCAUCGCGCCGCCAUCUUGUGCUCCAGGGCGGAUCGCGGCCGGGGCGAGCGGGCUCCGAGCGGGACCCUCCGAGCGCAGCCAGACCCACGGCCCGCGCCUCCCGACGACGCCGACUUCAGUGGCCAGUGAGAAUAUAUCUCAACCAUGGGAAAUAUUUUUGCUAACCUCUUCAAAGGCCUUUUUGGCAAAAAAGAAAUGCGUAUUCUAAUGGUUGGCCUGGAUGCUGCAGGAAAGACAACUAUUUUGUACAAACUUAAACUUGGUGAAAUAGUAACUACUAUUCCUACUAUAGGUUUCAAUGUGGAAACGGUAGAAUACAAGAACAUCAGCUUCACAGUGUGGGACGUGGGCGGUCAGGACAAGAUCAGACCCCUCUGGCGCCACUACUUCCAGAACACACAAGGUCUGAUUUUUGUGGUUGACAGCAAUGACAGAGAACGUGUGAAUGAGGCCAGAGAAGAGCUUAUGAGAAUGUUGGCAGAAGAUGAGCUCAGAGAUGCUGUUCUAUUAGUGUUUGCUAACAAACAGGACCUGCCGAACGCCAUGAAUGCAGCAGAAAUCACAGACAAACUUGGACUGCAUUCUCUUCGUCACAGGAACUGGUACAUCCAGGCAACCUGUGCCACUAGUGGAGACGGUCUCUAUGAAGGACUGGACUGGUUGUCCAAUCAGCUCCGAAACCAGAAAUGAAACCAUAAACCUUCCUCUUCCCUCUUUUUCCACCCCUCCCUCUUAUUUCCUCCUACUCGCCCUUCGCUUUACUCUAAUGUGGCAAACUGUGCUACUUUGUGGUAUUGAGUGCCGGAAGCUGUUUUCAUUUCUUUUUUGUCACAGUAUAUAUUGCAUCAUGCUGUAAAUGUGGCAAAUACAAGCCUGAAAACAGUUAGGUUUCUUAUUUAAUGUAAAUAGUUUUUGUUUCCAAUGAGGCAGUUUCUGGUACUCCUAUGCAAUAUUACUCAGCUUUUUUAUUGUAAAGAAUCAAGUCACUGUUUAGUACCUGGAAGGGAAUUAAGUGGGUUAAUAACCUAAGGGUUGCCAGUGGUCCUUGUGCAGUAGAGCUGGAUUUGAUCUUGGUUGGGUUGUGAGAUCUGUGAGAUCCAUUUUGGUGGUUGGUUUUUAACCUGAAUUCUGUAUUUUUUUAAACAGACAAGGAAAAGUAAAAACACUUAAAACACACAAACGUUUGACAUCGCUUCUGCUGCUCCAGCUCUAACGUGGUGACUCUUGAUUCUUUUGAAAGGGUGAAGCAAUGACUGACACCCAAUUAGCUUCAUCUGCUUAAUGAACAGAUCAUAAGUAGUAGAUCUCUGGCUCUUUCUGUAGCUCAUAGUCUGUGCUCAUCUUUGUCCACAACCGUUAAAAGAUUUUCUGGGCCUGGUUUAGAUGAGCUUUGCAGACUCAUGCUAAACAUCUGACUUUUGGUUCAGGUGAGAUUUCUCGUUUCCAUUGAACUUGAAUCAUUUCCAGAAGUCGACAUUGUUAGCCUGUCAUAUUUUCAACAAGUGUUUUGUACUUUUCUUGUGCGUAAACCACUCCAGAAGGCAAAACCUUUCCACAGGAAGCACAGCCUGUCCUAGUCCUAAGCUCUAUAGGCAGAAAGUACUGUACCUAACGUAAGAAUUGCCAUGAAAAACACCAAACAUCUAUGUAUAGUGUCUAGGGAAAAAAAACAAAAAAGCAUGAGAGUUUGGAGAGUCAUUCCACUCUACAAGUAUUCAAUCCCAUUUUGGAACAAUCCCAUAUCUGUAUAUGUGUGAAAACCCUUGGCAUCCCUCAUACUGCAAGGUUCAGAUUUGCCAUCAGAAAAAUAAAAAAAAGACCUCUUUACUUUUCUUUUGUAUUUUGAUAAACACUGAAGAAGCUGGAGCUGUUAAACUUUAACUCGAGGAACUAUCAGAACUGGUUUAUUUAGUGUUGUUAUUGCUUUCAAUACACAAUUAGUAAUCAACUGUUUUGUAUACUUGUUUUCAUUUUUCAUUUCGACAAACAAGCACUGUAAUUAAAGCUAUUAGAAUAAAAUCUCUUAACUAUUUCAUGUUUUUUAUGCCUUGCUGUUCAUUCGAUCAUCUUGGCAGAAUCAUAAUUAAAUACUUGUUGAAUAAAAAGUUUCAUGAAACUUGCA